AUGUUCAAGGCUCUCAUGGGCGGGAACCGCUCCUCCUCCGAUGUGCGCAGCAACUCGAGCUCCAAGAGCAAGAGCCGUCGCAGGACCAACUCGAAGGGUUCAACAGUGAGCCGCAAGUCCUCACGGGGUGACGACCGUGACCGUGGCUUGGGCGACCUGUCGGCGUAUCCGUCUUCGAGUAGCCGGAGUCGGCGCAAUGCAUCGAGUGUCGCCGGCGAAUCCGUCGCCUCGAGCUAUGCGACGGCCGAACCGGGUGUUUCGGGCGACCCCGAUCCCCUUCUUAUCGAACGAGCCCCUAGACGCCGCGAUUACGAUGACUCCGACCGCCGCGACCGAUACCGCGAUGAUUACGACGAAGUGGAGGAUGGACCACGCAGGCGCAAUCGGGCGCGCUCACCGAGCCGAGAGCGUGAACGCCCUAGAACAAGCCGAUACAGUGAAGACAAUGAUGACCAUGACGACGGUAACGAUGAUUACGAUGAUAGUAGGCGCAAUCCUCGCCGAACCCGGUCGGGCGAUGCGUAUUAUCCGCCUGUCUCGGGUGCACCCGAUAUGACAUCUCCUCACCUGCCUCAAUUUCCGCCGCAAUUCCACAAUGCGAGUCCCGAUAGUCCGUUGGUGUCCUCUCCCCAUGCGCCCGGAAACUACGACCCUCAUGUCCAACAACAAUUUCCCGGCCAGUUUCCGGCAUACGUGCCAGAGCCUUACAGCCCGCCCAAUCCCGCAGGCGAAGCAGCAGAUUACUACGGUGACCAGGGCCAAUCGGUCGCGCACCAGCCCGGUGUCCGGCCAAAACCUCCGCUAGUCGCUUCUCAUGACCAGGCGCAUUUGAUGACCGCGUCGCCAACCGCCAAUCCACCGCCGGAGCCGAGUAGUAUGGGACAAGUCGGCGCUGCCGCUGGCUAUUAUACUGACGAUGUUCCCGAUACCGCCGCCGCUGAACAACCCAGCAGCUCAUCUGCCCCUGCACCAAAGCCGCCCCGACCGUCCAAGCCAUCUAUACACACUUCCGGGCCAGCAGCUGCCGCCGCUACGUAUGGAGUAGGAGAGGUACUGCACGAUAGCAGUGCUUCUUCGUCGCCUGUCCACGUUGAAUCGCCAACCUCAAUUCAUGAUCCGCCGGCUGCUGGUAAUUCCCAGAAGCCCCCGCAUUCCCAUGGUAUGGGUGCUUCGUUUGGCGCAGCCGCAGCGGGUGCAGCGGCCGGCUACGCGAUGGCUUCCCAUCACCAUUCGUCUAGUGCCGACCACACCUCCCAAUAUACCAUGCAAAAUUAUGAGGAGCUCUCUCCAAAUCCCACGGGGCAGCCUGGUCCGUCCAUCUACCCGCCCUAUUCGAAUGCGCCCGCAUAUGCGGCUGGUGGUGCUGCACUGGCUGGGUACGCCACUGAUCCCUCGCAUCCUCAUCAUGCUGCGAUCUACCAUAGCCCUCCGCUACACGGCGGAGAGCUGGCCUUCCAACGGCCUCAGCGCGGCCCCAUGGACAAGUUUAUCGAUUUUUGGCGUGAUCCCGAAGGCGUGGGCAUGUUCGAAGACUACACAGAGGCAAUCGGAGUCUGUAAAUAUUGUUUUGAACCCGGUACAACCUCGCGUGACGCACCUCGCAAGCAUCAUUAUAAAGCACGCCGCAAUUCUGGAGAUCGAUACAGUAACGGGUCUCGGGUUGAUAAACUGAUUCGGUACGGGUCUUCCGAUGACGAGAGCCGACGACGCAAGAAAUCUUCGAGAAACUCAUGGCUGCCUGGGGUGCUUGCUGGCUACGGAGUCAAGUCGCUCUUCAACAACAAAGAUUUUGAUGAUACUUAUAGCGUUCGAUCUGGCCGCGUAAUCUCGUCGCAUGACACUGAGAGUGUUUCAACCGCACGCAAGAGCCAGACCUCACGAGGGGUUUACAGGCGCUCGUCGCGGAGCCGAUCUGGAGAUCGCUCCCAUCGCUCUCACCGGAGCUAUCAUACGGACUCGAAAGUUGGUAAAGGCGAGAUGCUUCGAAUUAGGUCUCGCUCUCGCUCGCGCUCGCGCUCUUCAUCGCGAACCCACAGUCACUCUGCUCUCAGGGACGCUGCUCUGGGUGCUGCAGUAGGUACGGCAGCCGUGUCAGUAGCAAAGUCUCGCCACAGAAGCAGCAGCCGAAGUCGAUCACCGCGCAAAGCGCGCAGCAGAACCUCUUCUUCAUCCGACUCCUCUGUUCUAAACAUCUCGGGGCCUCCUGAAAAGCCCGCGGCCAGUGGUAUUGGCUCAUUCUUUUCUGCGUCUUCGGAAAACCGCAAGAAGCGCCGCACGAAAAAGCAAGGCAGCAUCUUCUCUUUCAAAAACAAUUCGUCUUCCUCCUCACUCGAUGCCGAUCUGGCUUUUGGAAACGGGUACUCGAAAUUGCCGCCUGGUAAAUCAAAGAAAAAGAAGAGCAAGAAGGACAAAAAAGACCUCGAAGCGAGACUUCUCGGGAUGGGUGCAGUUGCAACUGCCCUUGUGGCAGCUCGCAAACACCACCGCCGACCAGGUGAAAUCCUCGCUGGCAAAGACUCUCGCUCAGGUCGCUCGGACUAUACCUCUUCCGCUUCCAAUGAUGAGGGAUGGGAGGACCUAGACUCGGGUGACCAGUCUCCCGCAAGUGUCAGUUCGGGGCUUGCUUUUGGUGGAGAUGACUCCCAUUCUUCAGAUUCUGGGAAGUCUAUCUGGGGCUGGAGGUGGGGAAGCAAGAAGGGUAAGAAGAAGGCGAAGAAGAGGUCUGACUCGAAGGACGACCAUCUGCCAAGUGCUGCUGCCCUGGGCGCUGGUGCUCUAGGAACAGCCGCACUUGCUUCGGCCUACUCCAAGAGUGGUAGAACGACCAGCCAGGACGCCAUCAGCAGUACUGGGAGUCUUCAGCAUGUAGCUCCAGUCCCCACCAGCGACCCGUCCCGGUUUGAUGCCAUCAGGGUAUCGUCGAUACCCCCCGCCCAGCCAACUUUUGUGCGCCCGGGACCUAUACCUCUUCAACAACCCCAACCUGUGACACCGGUCUCUCAAGCGGUAUACACCUCACAAGGCGAGCCGAUUCAUGCGUACAGUGCACCCGCGACCGGAGACCUCGCAUUCGCAGGGGCACCUUUUGCUCCAUAUGAACAGCAGCCGCCCGAAACAUUCAAAAAAGGACCGUGGAGUCAGGGGGGCCCUCCGUAUCCCGAUGAUAGAGAUGAGCCUAUCAUUAGACCGCCUCGACGAAGUGACUCUUCUCCCGUGUUUCCCACGGAGUCUCUAGAAGGGUCUCAGAUUUCCGCGCUGAAGCGUCGAUCCACUACUAAAGACCAGGCGUCGGUCUCGUUUGACCUGACACAGGAACAGGAGGACAAGGAGCGACGUGCGGAUCGGCUCGACAGGUUGAGGCGCAACGCUGAGUACGAUGGAGGCGUCCAACUUAUUGACCGAGAAAGUGACAUGGGGUCGUCGCGGGAUUAUGAUUGCCGUUCUAGACGCAAUAAACAACGGGAUUCUGAAUCAGUCCGGGACGAUGGCUACAACGACGAUCGAAGAGACUAUGAGCGGGACCCUCCAAAGAGCUCGGACUCCUCGUCAUGGAUCGGCCCAGCAGCAGUAGGUGCCGUAAGCGCCGCGGCGGCAGUAUCGGCACUCUCCAGCAGAGCUUCCCAUGACGAUUCCUCAGAGACGAGUCGACGCAGUGAGGAGCGCCGAGAGAAACGUCGAGCACAAAGACGCGGCGCGUCUGAGCCCGGCUCGACCGUUUCAAGUGCACCUAUGUCUGACGUCGCUGACGAUCGCUCGUUCUCGCCACAUGAGGCAGAACAUAUCAAAACUUCCGCUUUCCGCGAUGUGUAUCGUCGUAAACAGUCGGUCCACGACGACUACGCGCAGUUCUUCGCCCCCGAAGUGCAACGCUACAGCCCUGAUACAUACCAUCGCCGCGAGCCUACCUCCAUGCCUACAAUCAUAGAAGUAGAGCCGACUAACCAGCGUGUCCGCACGCUGAGCGAAGGCCCGCAUCCAGAAUAUGACAAUCUGCCUUGGCCCGUACCGACUCUCAAGCUUAUUGAACCCACACCACCGCAAAGCUUAAGCGGAUCCGUUAGAGACCUCGCAUCGCCGGUCAUGUCAACUCCUGAGAUCAUCGAGGCAGAAAGCCCACCAGAGCGACCUACAACAGGCUCAAGGGUCUCUUGGGGCGAACAUGAGAUGCACGAGUACGAGGUUCCUUCUACGUCUUCCGAUCACGAGUCUGUCGAUCAUGAUCUUCCAAGCCGAAGUAGAUCGAGUCGGAAAGAUGAUCUUGGUGAUGAAGAACUGAGCCGAAAUAUCAGAGACGCCUCGCCCAAGAAUACCUCCAGCAACGUCGAAGGUGAUAUCGAUUUUGCCGCAACGGUGGCUGCGGCCACUGCAGCUGCGGGCUUCGAUCCUUCACUCGUGACAGAUGAUCCGACCUAUCACACGCGGUCGUCACCCCCUGGAUCGGGGAUCCAAUUCGUUUCCCCUUGGACUCGGGCGCCUGUUGAACCCAGAGAGCCGCAUGGGUUUGUCGAAGGCGAAGUGGAGACACCGGAUGAUAGGCGGAGGGAUGGGUCGCCGCCAAGACAAUUCAUGGACAAUGAACCACUUUUUUCAGAGCCUGAGCCCGUCACUCGGGAAAAGGAUGUAAUCUACGAGAACAAACCUCGAUCGACUAUUGCACAAGAGGUCAUUGAGCAACUGGGGGGGCGUCGCGAUGACCGUCGUAGAUCUCAAUCUCCCCCAGACGAGGCCCUUUCUAUGCCAGGUGGAUUCGGUCAGGAGGAUUCACCUAUUAGGCGCUCGCAUGAUAUGCCCAAGGACGGUUUCCAAUCGACACCUGCAGACUUUGAGACUCCGACACACUCACGAUCCCGGUCUAGUACCGACGAUUUGAAGCUGCAGGAAGAUGACACUGCAUCUUUAGCCGAUAACGGCUCCGAAGGGAAAAAGAAACGGCGCAAGAGGCGCUCCAAGCGAGACACCGAUGACUUCGAAGAUUCUGCUUCUGUGACAUCCUCGCCGGCCAGAAUUGGGGAAAGCCGUGACAAAUCCAGAAGCACAGACGAGAAGACGGAAAAGAAGCCGGGCAGCUUCUUAAGCAGUAUCUUCGGCUCUAAAGUGUCUGAGCCAGUAGACAGCACAGGAUCCUCUUCUUCAGAUAGACGCACGUCUCGUGAAGUCCAAUCGGAUAUCGGAACCCGGUCAUCGGAGAGGUCGAGACAUCGGCGGAAGGACAAGUCUUCUAGCCGUCGCAGCUCUAGCCGUGCCGAUACACUAGAGGGUGACUCUGCUGAUGAGGACAGUACGGUUGCGGAAAAGGAGAACAUUAACGUCGAAGGCUACAAGUCGAGCAGACAGCGAAGGGAAGAACGCCGGCGGCAAAGACACGAGGGCAUUCUGGAAUCUGGUAACGGAAGGGGAGAUGAGAAGGUAUAG